AUGGCAGGCAUAUUGACAGCCUACGUUUACUUACCGGUAGUUCACCCGUUUUUCACGCCCAAACUUUCUCCGCUUCUUCCCGUCGCCCUCCCUUCCCGUCGCCUUCCCUUCCCGUCGCCCUCCCUUCCCGUCGCCCUCCCUUCCCGUCGCCCUUCCUUCCCGUCGCCCUCCCUUCCCGUCGCCCUCGCUUUCCCCGUCGCCCUGCCAUCCACUCCCCGUCGCCCUCGCCUUCCCUCCCGUCUCCCUUCCCAUCUCGCACACUUGUCACCCUCCCUUUUCUCUCCCUACUCCCUCUUUUCCCUCCCUCCAAUAAUCGCCUUCCUUCCCCCAACUUAUACCCCUUCCCUGCUUCCCCCCAUCCCCUGCCUUGCUUCCCCCCAUCCUCUUCAUUCUUUCCCCGUAUCCCCAGCCCUGCUUCCCCCCAUCCCCUUCCCUGCUUCCCCCCAUCUCCUUCCCUUCUUCCCCCCAUCUCCGUCCCUGCUUCCCCCCAUCCCCCUCCCUGCUUCCCCCCAUACCCCUUCCCUGCUUCCCCCCAUCCCCUUCCCUGCUUCCCCCCAUCCCCUUCCCUGCUUCCCCCCAUCCCCUUCCCUGCUCCCCCCCAUCUCCAUCCCUGCUUCCCCCCAUACCCCUCCCUGCUUCCCCCCAUCCCCCUCUCUGCUUCCCCCAUACCCCUCCCUGCUUCCCCCUAUCCCCUUCCCUGUUCCCCCCCAUCCCCUUCCCUGCUUCCCCCUCAUCCCCCUCCCUGCUUCCCCCCAUCCCCUUCCCUGCUCCCCCCCAUCCCCUUCCCUGUUCCCCCCCGUUCCCUUCCCUGCUUCCCUCAUCCCCUGCCCUGCUUCCCCAUGUCCCCUGCCCUACUUCCCCCAAUCCCCUUCCCUGCUUCCCCCCAUCUCCUUCCCUUCUUCCCCCCAUCUCCGUCCCUGCUUCCCCCCAUCCCCCUCCCUGCUUCCCCCCAUACCCCUCCCUGCUUCCCCCCAUCCCCCUCUCUGCUUCCCCCCAUACCCCUCCCUGCUUCCCCCCAUCCCCUUCCCUGUUCCCCCCCAUCCCCUUCCCUGCUUCCCCCCCAUCCCCCUCCCUGCUUCCCCCCAUCCCCUUCCCUGUUCCCCCCCAUCCCCUUCCCCGCUUCCCCCGCAUCCCCCUCCCUGCUUCCCCCCAUCCCCUUCGCUAUUCCCCCCCAUUCUCUUCCCUGCUUCCCCCCAUCCCCUUCCCUGCUUCCCCCCAUCUCCUUCCCUGCUUCCCCCCAUCCCGUGUCCUUCUUAUUCAUUCUGUUCCGCCCACCCUCUCCCAUUCCGUUCUGCCGCCAUCUCUCAUUCUUCCCACCCUCUCUCUCCCUCCUCCCGCACUCUCUCUCUCUCUCUCCUCGCACCCACACUAUCUCUCUCCUUCCUCCCGCACUCUCACAAUCCUUCCCACCACCCUCAGCCCUCCUUCCCCCCCCCCUCUGCCAUGUUCCCACCUGCCCUGCCCUCCCUAUCCCUGCCUUUCCCUCCCUGCCCUGCGCUUCCUUUCCCCAUCCCUUCUCAACCCUUUCCUUCCCUUUCAUGCCUUCCCCGUCCCCCUCACUACUCACCUACCACUCUCUAG